AUGGAUGAUUGGAAGGAGAUAACGAAAGGGGGCGUGACGGUCAAGGUGAAGGGAAAGCCGGUAAUCAUCAAGCGAAAAGAAACGGUGCCAAGAGUAUGGGCUGUGAAUAAGGUUUCUGGUGAACUUGUUGGCGAGAAGGACCCACAAAAUAGACCUUCAAUGUUGGAACGAUUGAAAAGAGGAGGUGUAGGAAGAAGGCACGACGAUCAUCUCAAAACAGUGGGCCGUUUAGAUAUUCCCACAGAAGGUUUAAUUUUGGUAACAAACGACGGUAACUUUGCCAGGGAUCUUGAGUUGCCAUCAAACAAAAUUCAUAGAGUCUACAGGGCACGAAUUUUUGGCAGCCUUAGACGAAAUCAGCUCAUGAGAAUCAGAAAUGGUUUCUCUGGUUUUCAGCCGAUGAAGGUCGAAGUGGAGAGGCGGCAUAAAGCCACACGAGAAUCGUCCAACACAUGGAUAAAAAUUACAGCAACAGAGGGUCAAAACCGACAGAUACGUAAAGUUUUCCAGUCUCUUGGAAUGAGUGUCACCCGGCUGAUCAGGAUUUCAUACGGUGAUUAUCAGCUCCACAGCAUUCCACCCGGUCUAGCCAUUCCUGUACCCUGGAAACCUGUAGCAAACCAAAAGAGGAAGGGAUCCCUGUUCAAAAAGAAGAUCAAACAUCACGAGGCAAAGAACCAAGAAACAGCAUCCGUGAAGUGGACAAGAGGAUUUCAAUCAUCAUAG